GUGAGGAAGCGAGGCCAUUGUGCAACAGUUUAUACCUGUUAGCCCAGUGACCCAUCUUCUUUCAUAAUGAAGGCACGUGUGGUGGUGAUCAUCGUUUCCUGUCUGGUCGCUGGGGGCGUCCUUGCCUUGGAUAGCACCGAAUGGCAGGAUGGGGAGUGGACCACAGAACCAGAAUACAACAUCAGUGCCAUCGAACCGUUCAGCAACCCAGGAUAUAUCCUUCCAGAUCUUAGCAUAAGUGAUAUCAUUUCUACAGUAGGAACAAUGUACCAAGCAGAAGACCUCGUCCAUGCAAUUGGCUCGUUUUGCAUGGAGAUGAGACAACUUAAUUGGUUGACAAACGGAGCCAUGGAAGAGUUAUGUCUACCCAUCCUCGAGGCUCUGCGGAAUGAUUCAUAUGCAGAAGCAUAUUCUACUUGUCGCAGCUCUUGGUCCUUUAUUGCGGAACUCUUUGGGGAUGAAGAAGACGAGUACAGGGACGAAGGCUAUCCCGAAGGCGAACACGGAGUGGAAGGCGAAGACGAGGUCGAUCAUGUUCCAAUCAGACGAAAGCGAUGGGGAUUCAGCAUUCCUCAGAUUGAACUUCCUCCUCUCCCAGAUAUCCAAAAUAUAACUCUUCCACUCUCCCCAAUCCAGGACAUCCUUAAUAUAACCAACCCAUUUUCGCCAAUUCAUGAUAUUUUGAAUAUAACUGUUCCGUUUUCACCGGUAUACGAUUUAGAUUUAAAUUGGACCAAUCCCAUAUAUGACGAUACUGCGAAUGUAAUUGGAAAUAUAGGACUCAUCCCAGAAUUCAAUAGAAAUUGGUCAUUUCCAUUAUUCGAUGGAUCAGAUUUUCCAUUUUUCAAUUUUCCUGACCAGUAUGAAAUAUGUUCAAGUUUGGCCGGGCUCAUAACUCAUGACAUGCCGACAUAUCCCGGUCUUGAUCAUGGUAAUAUCUUUGGUGUGGUUCUGAAGGUCAUCGUUGCCGAGCAUCUUAAAUCGAUCCCUGGUAAAUGCACGUCUUUCCUCGACGACUACGAGGGGAGUGGUGAUACUGGCGGAGACCCUUUCUUCGAUACCGACACUGAUGCCAUGAUUGACGCCUUUGCAACUCUUGGUGGCUUCGAUGACAUCGAACAGAUAUGUAAUGUUUCCGGUUGGGCUCUCAUUAUGACAGAUCAAGGAAAUUUCGAACUUUUUAACGAACUUGUAAACCAAACAACUGCAAGCAUUUACAGUGUCAUUACCAACAGAAGUCGAUGCAUUGAUUUCGCAGAAAGCCUUCAUGCCACUAUUGACCUAGGACACGGAAACUUCUCCCAUAUCACAAGUAGCGAUGCCCUUUGUGAUGAACUAUUUCAUUAUCCCUUCUGGAGAGGCAAUAUGAGCGAGAUUGACUUUUACCUUUAUGAGAACAUGGAUGACAAAGAUGGUCUCAUUCACUUGCUCUUUUUCAUUGAGAUGCUUUCCCACAAAUCGGACUUGGGUGCCCUUGAGUUUCUCUGCCGAAUGUCUCCGUAUACUGAUAAAAGAUUCUGUACCGCUUUGGCCUACAAUGAAUACAGGGAUGUUUCGAGAGAAGAAAUUAUAGAGCGGUGUCUGAGGUACACGUCAUUUAAUAGCUUUGAAUUUGAUUUCUUGGCCCUUGUAAAUGCUUUCGGGUUAGAAUUCGGUUUUGAUUUCUACGACUUUGGUCAAACCUGCUCACAUCUGACUGAUAUCAUCUUUAAUGACGUAAUCAAACAGAGAUUUACAAUAAAAAAUGUGAUCCAGAUGGGAAUGAAAGCGUUUGGCCGUGCCCUGGCACCUAUGUUCUGUGAUUUGCCAUCAUUCCGAAACGGUUCGCUGGAUUCAUUAGAAGCUCCAUGCGAGAUUCCAGGGCGAGGUUGCUUCAACUGGACAAUGCGAGGUGAUGACUUCUUCUUCGAUCGUUUGGAUGUAGGCUUUAUUACCGGAACAAUAUUUAGCUUUCUUGGAGGCUACAGGGAUGGUGAUCACGUCUGCCACCAGAUGGCUUUUGCAUUGGAAAACGAUACACUGCUAGAUAUGGUGGCAGGUAGAUUGGAAGAGAGUAUCUACAGACUGUUUGAUAAUGCAACAUUCUGCUCUGACACAAUUGACCUCAUCACAAAGCUCAUGGGAAUUGACGCAGACAUUGCUCCUUUAAUCGGAUUCAAUAGUACCGAUUCAUUCUGCUUGGAAAUGUCCGAAAUCUUUCAUCAAGAGCGCAACCACAACUUCAGCUUUGACUCUUUCCUCAAUCUGUUUGUAAACGAAGUCGACAGAGGAGCACACUUUGUUACAUCUGAGACCAUUAUGUAUGCCACGGCUGAAAUGAUGAAAUUCGCUGCCAUGGUCAUCCAUUCAGAUACCAUCGGAGAUGCCAUUUACACAUCCUGUCAAAUGUGGCAAGGGUCAAGUCCUUUCUUUUUUAGGCAUAUAUUCGAGGUUGAUGAAUUUUGUCAAGCGGUAUUGGCACUUGAUCCAGGAAAACUUGAGCAUGUGUGCAUCUACGACCUAAUUCCCUGGCUUAAGUAUGGUCUGGACCAUCAUGAUGACGAAAAGGAAGAAGAGAUAGACUUUGAUUUUGGAGGCCUGUUUGAAACUGUGGGCGAAGAGUUUGGCUUCCACUUUUCUGACUCUGACCAAAGUUGUUCUCAUCUAAAUGAUAUCUUAUUCAAUGAAACUGUCGCCCAAUCCUACUCAAUCGACAGCGUUGUUGUCAAAGGAAUAAGAAUUAUUGGGAAGACUGUAUCACCAAUUUUCUGUGAGUUUGAAAACCUUCCAGAGACCGAGUUAGAAGAUCCAUGCAUGAUUCCUGGACAAAACUGUUUUAAUUGGUCAAGCCGAGGAGAAGAUUACUUUCAUGAUCGGGAAGAUAUCGGAUUUAUCAUUGGCACCAUUUUCAGUUACUUGGGAGGCUACAGAGAUGGUGACCACCUUUGUCAUCAGAUGGAAUUUGCACUACAUGAUGAUUCGCAGCUUGACAUGGUAGCGAAUAAAUUGAAAGAUAGUGUAUUCCGAUUCUUCAGCGACCAAUCUUUCUGUUCUGGAACCAUGGGCAUAAUUAGCAACCUCAUCGGACAAGACGUGGAUGCAGCAGGUAUACUAGGCUUCGAGAAUGCAGAUUCAUUCUGUGGAAACGUUAAUCAAAUCUACAAUGACAAUGGCGAUCUUCCUGUCAAUUUGGAGCCCCUCUAUGUCCUGUUUGACAGCAUGGAUGAAGAAGGAGAGGUUGAUUCCCAUUCCAUUGCCAAUGCUACAAUCGAAAUUAUUAAAUUUGCUGCAAUGCUCCUGCAUUCCGAAGAUAUGGGUGAUGCCCUUUCAAGGACCUGCCACGUGUGGCAGGCUUCUGCUGCAAUGUUCAAUGUUUCAGAGAUUGAUGACGUAUGCCAAAUGGUCAUUGAAAGCAAUGCCGAUGCCCUUUAUGAGGUCUGCACUGAUGAACUUUACCCUUUUAUUCACUGGCUCGAGUAUGGAUCAGACCGUCCUGAAGAAGAAAAAGAAGAAGAGGUAGACUUUGACUUUGGUGGCCUGCUUGAAACAGUGGGCGAAGAGUUUGGCUUCGACUUUUUCGACUAUGACCAAAGUUGUUCUCAUCUUACUGAUAUCCUCUUCGAUGAAACUGUCGCCCAAUCCUAUUCAAUCGACAGCGUUGUUGUCAAAGGAAUAAGAAUUAUUGGGAAGACUGUAUCACCAAUUUUCUGUGAGUUUGAAAACCUUCCAGAGACCGAGUUAGAAGAUUCAUGCAUGAUUCCUGGACAAAACUGUUUUAAUUGGUCAAGCCGAGGAGAUGAUUACUUUCAUGAUCGGGAAGAUAUCGGAUUUAUCAUUGGCACCAUUUUCAGUUACUUGGGAGGCUACAGAGAUGGUGACCACCUUUGUCAUCAGAUGGAAUUUGCACUACAUGAUGAUUCGCAGCUUGACAUGGUAGCGAAUAAAAUAAAAGAUAGUGUCUUCCGAUUCUUCAGCGACCAAUCUUUCUGUUCUGGAACCAUGGGCAUAAUCAGCAACCUCAUCGGACAAGACGUGGAUGCAGCAGGUAUACUAGGCUUCGAGAAUGCAGAUUCAUUCUGUGGAAACGUUAAUCAAAUCUACAAUGACAAUGGCGAUCUUCCUGUCAAUUUGGAGCCCCUCUAUGUCCUGUUUGACAGCAUGGAUGAGGAAGGAGAGGUUGAUUCCCAUUCCAUUGCCAAUGCUACAAUCGAAAUUAUUAAAUUUGCUGCAAUGCUCCUGCAUUCCGAAGAUAUGGGUGAUGCCCUUUCAAGGACCUGCCACGUGUGGCAGGCUUCUGCUGCAAUGUUCAAUGUUUCAGAGAUUGAUGACGUAUGCCAAAUGGUCAUUGAAAGCAAUGCCGAUGCCCUUUAUGAGGUCUGCACUGAUGAACUUUACCCUAAUUUUAUUGAAUUGUUUUUUGAAGGCGGGCCACACGAUGUCGAUCCUAAUCGUACAGCUCCCAUCGUUGACUUAGUCGAUUUAUCGAAUAUUGAAAUCUGCCUGGAUAACGGCGAGGUGACUUUUGAGGGAUUGGAACAUUUAGAUAUCUUUGCAUAUCUAAUGCAGAUCACAAGUAAGCUCUACAAUGUAACCGAACUCGAUGAAGAUAACAUCUGUAAAGGAAUAACAAACGUGAUACAAUCAAGGAAAGACAUUCCGACGCUGAUCACUGAAUUUGUUGUGGAAUGGAUGACAGUUUUUAUGCCGCUUGGUGCUGAACUGUGCUCUUGUUGGGAUCAAGCUUUCGGUUAUAUCUUCCAGGAGACCGGUGAUUCAGGAUUCGGUAUAGACCAACUCAAUGAGAUUGUCCUGAUUGCUGUGGAUAGCAUCGGACUGGCGAGUCAUCAUGAGCUUUGUAACGAUCUUAUCCACCUCAAGCCUGGUAACAUGACUGCAUAUGCAGAGAUGAUAAUGGAGGAAAUCCUUGAUUUCACUGCUAAUCCAGAGAAAUGUUCCUGUACUGUCAAUCGUGUGAUUGAUUUCAUCCUCCCUUUGGUCAAUGUUACAAACGAAGAAUUCCACAACUACACGUACCAGUUCCUAGGGUUUGAAUCAGUGGAACAUGUAUGCAGUUUCGUUGCUGAGUCCUUCUCGGGUGUAAUCGUCGACCCGUCAGAGAUAACAUGUAAUGACCAGCAAGUACCCACGACCCGACCCACCACCCAACCCACGACCCAGCCUACGACCCAACCCACGGUUACGACUCAAGCAACAACUAGAAGCCCGAAUGAUACUGUAUCUGAGGAGGAAGAAUGCUUUUUCAUCAGGGAUUGUGCCGGUGUGUGUAACGGUGACGCUCGUUACGAUUGUGCCGGAGAAUGCGGCGGUAGCGCCGAACUCGACUGCGCCUUCACCUGCGGUGGUACUGCGACCAUCAACGGAUGUGACUGGUGCGUAGGAGGUGAAUCGGGGAGACCAAACGACUUCGGUUACGAGUGCGGUUCGUGCAAAGGUGAAAGUACUGCAACGACCGUCGAUUGCAACAACGAUUGCAACGGCACAGCUUACCGCGAUGCUUGUCAAGUUUGCGUUGGCGGCAAUACGGGUGUGGAUGAAGAUGUCAGCGCCUCUAGCCUGAAUUGCUUGGGCCUUUGUGACGAUAGAUAUAUACUCAAUGAUUGUGACGAAUGUGUGCCGAAUACACUUGGGACCAUUUUCUCAACGAAAGACUGUAACGACGAGUGCAAAGGACUUGCCGUUAUCAAUGAAUGCGGUUACUGCGUCGGAGGUAGCACCAACAGGCCUGCUGAUACCGGGCUCACUGAAUGUGGAGUGUGCAAUACAACAUCAGAUCCAGAAUACUGUUUCGGCUGUGAUGGCGUCGCCUACAGUGAAGCUACGACCGACGCUUGUGAUGUCUGUGGUGGAGAUGGCAGCACUUGUUUUACCGUCGAUAGUAUAGCCCCCUCUAUCAUCCCAGCUGACACCGAUUAUCAGGUCAAACUUCGCGGAGCUGGUUUUCAGGACGCGACAACUAAACAAUGUAAGUUCCUUGAUAGCAACGGCGAGCAGAUCGACGCGGUGGAUAUCAGCAACGAGGUCGGCGAUGAGUUCAAUUGCACCGCUAAUCUCCCUGCAGGAACGUACUCGGUAUACCUUUCUACGGAGUCAACAGAAUUAUCCGAGGAAUCUGUUACCCUUUACGUUUACCCAGAAAUCACGAUAAACAGCAUAUCUCAAAGUGAGUUUGAUAUAGAUGAUAGCGAGACUUCUAUCUCCGUUAACUUAGUAUCAACAAGCGGAGCCUUUACGGCUUACAAGACAUUGACCACACCCAAAGCUAUCAUCUACACUGAAACUGAGAGGAUUGUCAUCGAUGGAACCUUUGGCGGAGACAACGAUGAGCUUCUGGAGUUUUCGGGUCCAAUGUUGACGGCCUCGACGCAGAUUACCGUGUAUCCAUCCUUCAAUGGAAUCGACUCACUGGUUACCCCCGAUAAUGCAGGUUUCACCAUCACCUACUACGCCCCUGCUCCGGUUGUCGAGAGUCUAAAGUUUUCAUCCACGGGACAUCUACUUGAACUCGAGUUUGACGUGGCAAUCAAUGAAGAUGCUGUGACGUCAUGUGAUGCAAUCCUCAUGAAUACGACCACUCUGGGAGGCGAUGAUGCCCAGUGCUAUGCAUUUCCUUUCCUAAGAGUUAUCUAUAUUCUACCUUCAAGUGUGGACGGUGGAAGUCUUAUUGAACCAGAUGAUGAACUUGUUCUGCGCGAAAAUGUCCUGAAGAAGCGUGAUGAGGAGUAUGCUCGGUACGCCAGUGGCACCCUGACGGCAUCUUCUCCCGACGAAGCGGUUUCCGUUAUCGCUGACCUUCAGGGUACUGAAGUAAUAAGCAGUUGUGGAAAUGUCCGUCUCAGCGCUUUGCAAUCCCGUGGAAGCGCAGGGCGUUCUUUCACCUAUCAAUGGUCUGUGACCAGUGACGGUUCGAUCCCAACCGAAUUGACGGAUGAACUAACAGCCGCCGAUAAUUAUGCGUAUGUCAAUCUGGCGGGAUCCUAUCUGGACCCAAAUACGGAAUAUACCUUUACCAUAACGGUAGAGAACUUCCUUGGAGGAAGUGACACUGACAGCUUAGUGGUGACUCGAUCUGAUCUCAACAGACCGGACGUGGUGAUCUACCCAGAAAGAGUUGAUAUCACCAGCGCCCUCAUCUCUCAAUACUUUUUCCUUCGCGCCUCUGUGCGUUUCUCCGAGGCGUGUGGUGGAGCGGAGCAGAUGGUUUAUUCCUGGUCAGUGGAUGAUGAUAGCAUCGCUCUUAACCUGUUGACCAUGAACAAACCACUCUUGUACGUUGGAGCUGGUACUCUUCCGGGCGACACCGACGUGACCUUCACCUUGGAGGUCAGCAGAGAGAGUGACCCAUCCACAGUGACCACGCAGAGUGUUACCGUUACCACGGUUUACUCCGACCUGGUUGCCCUGAUCGCUGGAGGGUCUGAAAGGACCGUUGGCGUCGACAGCGGAACUUUCACACUGGAUGGAUCGUCGUCUUUUGAUCCUGAUAAUCAAAACGAAGAGAUUACCUACCUGUGGACUUGUGAAGAGUUGAACACAGAUACAGGAAGCUAUGAUCCGUGUGUAUCAAGCGACACCCGCGAGUUGUUCCCGACAGAAGACGAAUCUACAGCGAGCACUUUGUCAUUAGCUUCCAACAAUCUCUACUCUGAUUCUACCUACCGGUUCACCCUCGAGAUCACCAAACUAUCGAGGACGGCAUCUGCCAGUGUAACCGUCAUCUCAAAAGCUGGCAAUCCCCCACAGAUAACUGUUCCUGAACCCCUCCCAGACAAGAUCAAGAGCAGUAGUUCCCAUACGUUACGAGUUUAUAUCACCCACACAUCAGACAUUACUAUCAAUUGGGCAACCGUCGAUACAGAUCUCGGAUACGGAUACGUUGACUUUUCACAGCUGAGUAGUCAGGAGCUCCUCCUACAAGGAGAGACGGCACCCUUCUUUACAACCGCUUAUGUGGCCAUCCCUACAGGGACUUUGGAAGCGGGGUACACUUACUCUUUCUCUGUGACGGUAACCGAUGCAGAAGGUCAGGUCUCGACUAGCAAGAUCGCCACAACGACAUACGGAGGGGUUUCAUCCUGUACCCUUGGCAUCGUUGAUGGUUCUACAAGCUAUCAAGAGCUUGAUGAGAUUACUCUUGUGACUCAGAACUGUGUAACAGAUGCCGAAGCCUAUCCCCUGACCUAUCAGAUAGUCCAUGAGAGGGCUGAGUCCUCUGGAACUCGUUACAACGCUCUAACAGGUGCAUUGGCAGAGGCCAGUAUCACCAUCGUUGGUCUCACAGCCUUUAGCAACAACCAGAACACAUUUGCCGUCAAGGUAUGCAAUGAUGUUGGUAUCUGUUCCUUUUACGCUCUUACACUUGACGUCACUGCAAUUGAAUCUUUCACUCAAGAACAGUUUGAGGAAAGUAUAACCAAUCUAGUCGACCCACAAAAGCUUGCAGGAAACUUCCUUGAUGCGUUGGUCAACUUCAACACCAUCGCAUCCGUUGGCGUCAGCGAGAGCAGGAAACGAAGAGCUGUGGCAGAGACGUCUGCUACAGCUACAGAGCAGUUGGAUCUUCUACAGAGUGCUAUCUCCUCGACGGUUCUCGACACGGCAUCCGCCCAGACCCUUCUUGAUCAAUCAGACAGCGUGGUCGUUGCCGAACUGACCCUCGCCGACAUGGAUGUUUACCUGGAUAUCCUUAUCGAGCUUGUAGACGUGUUCAGUGAUGAAGAACUCCCCGAGUCUAGCGCUGAGACAGUUCUUGAGAAAUCGAGCCAGAUUGCAUCGGAGCUUGACCCGCAGUACAACUCUGACAUGUUUGCAAAGAUUACGACCCUGAGGAACACCCUAGUCCAGGGCCAGCUGAGUCAGAUCCCUCUCGGAGGGGAACCUACAGAGACCAGAGCUGGAUCCCAGACAACCAGGGCUUUCUAUGCUAUUCCAAGUGAGACCCUGAGCACAACAUCAGCUAACACUUCCUUCAGCGUCAAGUUCGGAAGCGAGAUCGAAAACUUAUAUGCAAGCUGGACGUGUGCUUCUGGGAGUACUUGUUCUGGUGUUCAGAUAAGGUUUACUCAAUACGAUGAUGAUGUUGAUCAUUACUCCACUUCCGCUGAGGAUAUGGCUAACAGAGCUUCGUCCAUCCUAGAAAUAGAUCUGCUGGAUCCAAGUGAUUCAUCCGAGUUAGAUGUCACUGCGCUUACCAGCCCCAUCUCAAUCAACAUGACCGCAACCAUUCUCCAAGACGAUAAGGUCUACGACUGCUACUAUUGGGAUUCCAGCAAUAGCUCAUGGAGCCAAGACGGACUUACGACCGUCUACCACUCAACCAUCCUGUCAGAGUGCCAAACAACUCACCUUUCAGCAUUCACGCUGAUCUCUGUUGAUGUGCCGACAACGGUUCCCAUGCCGACCACUGUAGAUGAUGACGUCACUUCUACCGAUUCUGGAGCUACGACCGCCACAACAGAAGUCAGUGAGAGCGGCGGCAGAAGUGGACUAAGCACCACCGCCAUCAUCGUCAUAGCCGUGGUCAUACCUGUCGUUCUAAUUCUGAUCAUCGUCAUCGCCAUCGUGGUCAUUAUGUCGAAGAAAUCCUCCAAAAUCGGAAGCGCUGAUGUGGAGAACACGAACAGCAACGGUGCUGGCAUGGCCACCAGUACCGCCGGUGGGCUUGUGCCCGUUGAAUCCGCUAACCAGGCCUUUAGUACCCCGAGUCAUAACCCACCAACUGCUCCCCCCGCCAAGCCGUCACAUACCGUCGAAGUUGCUGCUGUCCCUGAACCAGUUGCCCAGGACCCUAUCAUGGACGCUACGAGCCUCCCCGGGUCUCCGGAGCCCCCUCCAGAAGGACCCCACAUCGACACUAUCAUAAGGGACGCACAGGAGGGUGGUAGGGCUCAAACACCUGUAGACAGAGCCAUGACACCUGUGGAAUAAAUUAUACCCCCCAAAAUAAAACAAAAUUAGACAAAUUAAACCAAAUUUAUAGAGAGGUGAUUCUUUACCUUCACCACUGACGCCACGCAUGACUCAAUUAAUGGAUGCUGAAGACAACAGGUAUAAAUUUCAUUUUCCAAAGGUCCUAUAUACAAGUUAAGCUAAAGUAAAACCUUCACUGAUGCAUCGGUAGUGUUGGGCAUUUCCCAAAUAUACCUUUGCGAUUCUAUGGUUUAUUCUAACAAAGGCUGAUAUGAUCAGGCAUUACAAUUUUAAGUAUAUAAUAUAUGCAUUAUGUGCUGGUCAUAUGGAUUGUUAUAGCAGUAAUGUGUAACAUAUUAUGAUGCAUCUUUGGAAUUUUGAAUAUAUUCAAAGGACGCAUUUAUUUAAUCAAUAUAUAAUGUUAAGUACAAUCCGUCCAUGCUUAGUAUGUCAGGGAUUUAUUUAGCGAAUUAAUUCAUAGUCAUUUUCAAAAGUUGACUUUUAAAAAUCAAAAGUAGAAAACAAAAUACUUCCAACAAAGAUUUCACGACUGUUUAUAAUAUUUUAGGGUAGAUUUAUAUUUUUCAAUCGGGAUUAAUAUAAAGUGGUUAACUUCCAUGAUAAUUCACACGACUAUUUGGGUUAUUUUUUGUUUUUUAUCUACACAAUACAUGGUGGAUAUUUCAAAAUUUUGAAUCGCCAGAACUUUACAAACAUAGUUCGAGAAGUCAGCAUUCCUUUGACUAGGCAUUUUACUUUCAUUUCCAGAGGGAGAAAAGAGAGCGUAAAUCAUGAUACUCUAAUAAUGAAAACAAUUUUAAAAUUAAAAUAUAUUUUCGAAUGGUAUAUUGUCAGACUUUCGCAUUCAUUCGAAUGAUGUAGAAAAUUAUUCUUUUGUGUUAUUUAUCUUAAUAAAUUUGUUUCAUUUCAAUCAUGUAAAUAAUAUUUUGAAAAUUUAUCUUAUGUGCAUAGUUUUAUUUUCAGUAUGUGACUGUAUAAACUGUAAGAUUUGAUAAUCAUUGUAUUUUUAUUAUGAUUCCUGAUAUGGAUCAAUCAAUGUAGGCGAUUCUUUAAAUGUCUUUCAACUCAAAUACCUUUCGCGACUCAUGCUCAAUGUGAUUAUUCAUAUGCAAAUAGAUGUUAUUUUUGUUGCUGUUACAUGGUUUUAAAAAGAGUGUAAAAACGUAAUAAUAUACAUUGAAGUUUCUAUUUUUAGUCAAUAUGAAUUUAUAAACAAUUACUAUUUUUAUUACAUAUGUAUAUAAUACCAAAGAUCUUUCCUUGUUUGAAUACGAUAAGUGGAAGAUGUUCCUGUUAUGAAAUACACCUAAUUAUUUUCUAGACAACUGAUCCCCAGUUUGAGAAAUCGGCAUGCUGGAAAGUGUCCCACUUUGUUUUGAAUUCAUUUUCAGCUAGUUCCUUUCUGAAUUCCACCAAAAAUCACAAGCAUCUGCAUAAUUAUCAUCUAUUCCCUCACCCCCCCUCCUUUUCACACAGGGGCCGCGGAAGCGGGGGGGGGGGGCUGGGGGGCUUCAGCCCCCCCCCCCACUUUUUUCCAAAACCAUGUACAAAAACGCAAAAAUGACCAUACGAUUGUAAUUUUUUGCAUGGUCAGCCCCCCCCCCCCCCCCCACUUUGAAAACCGUUCCGCGGCCCCUGUCACACACCCGCACGCUUAAACCCCCUACCAUGCCGAUGUAAUUCUAAAUUGUAUAACAAACACUGUUGGGGAUUUUACUCAAUUUAGUCUUUCAAAUACGAUUUAUUUGUAUGGACUUGGUGGAACUGUAAGCGAUAUAUUCGUUUAUUCUGCGAUAGCAAUUAGAAGUUGUGAGGUUUUUGUUUAAUGAAAUAUUCAUGGUGGUCAUGAAAGUUUGCGGUGAAAUGCAUGCAAAUGUCUAUACUGGUAUUAAUGUGUGUGUUCAUGAAGAUGUUGAAGUGGUGUUUCAUUCUCUUAGCACACUCUCUUAACCACUCUGUUUCACAAAACCCGUGUAGUUAGCAUAAGCAAGCACAACUUUUAAAACUACUGUUAUAAGCUCCUGAAAUCUUACAUGUUAUUUGACCGAACACAAUUCGUGAUGCAAAUUCAUAACUGGAAAAAAAAUACGAUACAGGGGCCACGUUGGUUGGAGUAGUCGCUACUAUCAUUCAUUUUGUCAAAGUAACAAACAUUCCAUCUAUUUCUCGUUGGUUUUUUUUUUAUAGAUUAUUGCUAUAAUAAAUAAUUUUCUUUGUGCUCGUA